UCGGUGGGUGUCGAAAGUGCGGGAACGGAUCGGGAAGCGCUGCCGGGCUCAAGGGCUCCCGCCGGCGGGCUGCCCCGCUUCAAUGGAGCUACACGGAAAAGAGAAACCGUGUUGGAGGGAUGAGACCGGCCCCCCAGAUUGACUUCCUGCUGUGCAUGGCCAUGUCCCAGGGAGGCCCGUUGGAAGAGGACAUUUGGGAGUAUAAAUCCAUUCGGAAACCAAAAUGUGUGCCACGGGGUCAGGACGUGGUGACCCCCUCCACCUCCUUGCCGCUGCCUCACCCCCGCAAAGGAAACGGUGGGAAGAAGAGGAGGAAAAAAGCAUUGGGGCAAAAGGCCGAGCCGGAGACCAGCGAGCAGGAGGCCCCGGGUCAAGCCCUUGGCAAAGAGGACCCGAGUGGGCAGGUGGAGGAUGAUGUCACUGCUCCCGCCAAGCUGAGCGGGAGCUGUAACAAAAAACAAACGCCGCAAAAGGCCAGGCCAAUUUAUGAGGGCUACUGUCCAAGCUGCCAGAUGCCCUUCUCUUUACUCUUAGUGCAGACCCCUCGGUGGCACGUUGCUGAAUGUUUGGAUGCUCCGAGCGCUGCUGGAAAAGAAUGUCCUGAUGGUUUACUGUGCAAUUCUACUAUUCCAUCGCAUUACAAGCGCUAUACACACUUUUUUCUUGCUGCUAGUAGAGCAGGAGAUUAUCUUGUAGACUCUUCAGCACAAAGCCCAGAGAACAAGUUUACACAUCCUGUUGCUGCUAAGUCAAGCUGCUUUCCAGGACUCUUGGAUGAAAUCUCACAGAGUGAGAAACAGACCAAGAAUGUAAGAAAUGCCCCAAAUGAUGAUCUUACUUUCACGGUACAGACUUCAACACAAGCAAAAUCUCCAAGUAUAAGCAAUGUAAAUGCCUCCUUUUCCAUGAAUGUUAAAAAGCCCGAGCAGAAUCUUCCGUUCACAAAGACAGCAGAGAAUGAUUGCCAGGUUCAGUUUUUUGGUUUUCCAUUUUCUCAAGAAAGUGAAGUUGGGAGAGACCUGGACAGUCAGAAUGACUCAGAUCAGUUAAACCCGUUACUACCAGAAGGUGAUGUCAGUGACUGUGAAAUUUCCUACUCCCCGCUUAGGAGUGGUGUAGAAAGUGUUGAAGAAACGGAGGGUGAAGAGAAUGAAGAGAAAGAAAUAAAAUCACGAAAGCAAUUAUUUCAAAUUCAAAACUUUGAUGAAGAGAACUCUGAAAAGGAGGAAUCUAGCUGUAUGCUGUAUAACCAGUUUGAUGAUUCUCCAUUUCAGCCUGAACUUGGAUAUGUCAACAUUAAAAUGGAAAGUUUUAUAAUAGAAAAUGCACCUUGCAGAGAAGUGAAUGCCCAAGGCCAUUUGGCUGGUUGUGUUAGGCCAAUUUCUCAGGGUCAGACAAACAGCUCUAAUUUAGUAUGUGCUGCUAAUCAGUUAAAAUGCCCACAAGGGGCACCAGUUGCAGAAUUCUCUCUCUCUCCUAAUCAUGACAAAACUAGGAAGGAAUUUGACUCACCAAAAUGCAGUACCUCUGUUUCUAAUACAGGUAAUUGGAAGCUAAAAGAUUUUCAUGGUUGGAGUUGGGAUUCUGUAGACUUGGCUAUGAAUGCUGAAUCCUUUUCUUUGAAGGUCAAAGAAGAAGGUGGCAGUCCUCCUAUGUCAAGGCAAAGUGUUAUUUUGAAGGAAUCAGGUGGCUUCUUAGUUGAUAAAGGUGAAAUGGAUACUAACACAACAGAUCAAAUAUUAAGUCAACAGAGUUUGCAGUCAGAGGGAAAAGGAAGCCUUCCUAAUACAGCUAGUAUACCCUUUCCAAGUGCAACCUCUAAAAUGUUGCCAUCUGCUUUUGCUGCAAAUAUCAACACCAAAGAAUUGAAACAAAUGGACAUUGGUGUUUUCUUUGGAUUAAAACCCAAAGCAAUGGAAGAGAGCAAAGAAGAGAAGCAUCCCUGUGAAGGAACACAGCCCUCAAUUCUACCAGCUCCUAAUGGAAAGAGGCCUAAGCGACAAAAGAGGAAAGCUGAAGGGUCUGUAGGAGACCUGGAUACAGUACCAGUGAAUUCAAAUACAAAUGGAGUUUGUGUAGGCCCAGCUUCUGGUACACAACGAAGGUGGAGAAAAAGAUUUAGAGAAUCCUCUUAUACAGAAGAUGGAACGAAAAAAAAAUAUUGUCCUUUCUACAAAAAAAUACCAGGAACUGGUUUCACAGUUGAUGCCUUUCAGUAUGGAGAAAUUGAGGGCUGUACAGCCUAUUUCCUUACUCAUUUCCAUUCUGAUCAUUUUUGCGGUCUAACAAAAAACUUUACAUUUCCAGUCUAUUGCAACAAGAUAACUGGCAACUUGGUGAAGAGCAAACUUCAAGUGCAGGAGCAGUACAUCCAUAUAUUGCCAAUGGAUAAGGAGUGUAUGGUGAAUGGGAUCAAAGUGGUAUUGCUUGAUGCCAAUCAUUGUCCUGGUGCCACAAUGAUCCUUUUUUGCCUUCCCAAUGGUACUGUUAUACUUCACACAGGGGACUUCAGGGCAGAUCCUUCUAUGGAGCGUUAUCUUCCUCUGAUUGGUCGAAAAGUCCACACCCUUUACUUGGAUACCACAUAUUGCAGUCCUGAAUACACCUUUCCUUCGCAACAAGAGGUUAUCCAGUUUGCUGUCAAUACUGCCUUUGAGACAGUAACAUUAAAUCCACGUACUCUGGUUGUCUGUGGCAGCUAUUCCAUUGGGAAAGAAAAGAUUUUUUUAGCAAUUGCUGAAGUUCUUGGUUCUAAAGCAAGUAUGUCUCGUGAUAAAUACAAAACCCUUUGCUGCUUGGAGUCAGCAGCUGUUAAUUCCAUCAUUACCAUGAAUUGGAAUGAUACUUUGCUUCACGUUCUUCCCAUGAUGCAAAUUAAUUUUAAGGGAUUGCAAAAUCAUUUGGACAAGUUCUCUGAGAAUUUUGACCAAAUUUUGGCUUUCAAACCUACUGGAUGGACUUAUUCGGAUUCCUGCCACUCGCUAGUAGAGAUCAGACCUCAGAUAAGAGGAAGGAUCGUGAUUUAUGGGAUUCCUUACAGCGAGCAUAGCAGCUACACGGAAAUGAAACGAUUUGUCCAGUGGCUGAAACCACAGAAAAUCAUCCCCACUGUAAAUAUUGGUGACUGGAGAGCCAGAAAUUCAAUGCAGAAGCAUUUUAAAGACUGGAUGACUGAGGCUGCUGGAUGUAAUUAGAAAGAGGAAAGAAUGUGCGUUUCAUAGGGGACAUGCCUGGAAAGAGAUUGAACUUGCCAGGAAUUCCAUCUAACUGUCUUUUCCCCUAAGCUUGGUUAAAGCAGAAACAAGCUGCUAUUCUCCCUUAAAGACAGCAGCAAGAUAAAGGUGCCUAGUUCUCUUAGGUAACCAUUAAUUUUUUUUUGUAGCUUACAUUUCAAACAAUUGCAAAUAUACGCUUCAGGUUAUUUGGAAAAAUACUUCAGAAAACUGCUUAAGCAAGUGCCUAAAUUUAACACCUGGGUAUUUGAGUUGGCUUCACUAGAAUUAUUCAGAUGCUUAAUAUUAGGUAUGCUCUCUAAUUCUUUGCUGCAUGGUGACUUAGGUCUUAUCCUUUUCCUCUGCCCUGUACAUGAAUGCUGUCAUUCUAAAAAUGGCAGAAAAAGAAGUGAACCAUGAUUAUUCUCAUGGGUUGUUUUUUUUUGUUUUUUUGUUUUUGUUUUGUUUUUUGAUUGAAGCUAUCUGCCUCCUAUUGAUCUAAUGUAUAACAGAUGUAUGACACUGGCCUAUAAAAUGUAGAACAAAUGGUACAGGAGAAAAUUUGAACAGAAGUGAGAUUUCCAGACCUUUUAAAUGAAUUAAUUUUCUGUAAUUUCAAUUUCAAGAUGAAGUAUUUUUAUAGGAAAUGACAGCAGUGGAAGAGGAGAUGAUACUAAGUUUAGGAGAACUAAAUUUACAUAAACUCAGGGUGCAAAGUGACUUGUUUUAAUUGGGCAAAACUGAGUGUUGUAACACUAAGGAGUUCACGUGUACGUACAAAGCUUACAUCAUGAAUAGAGGAUUGGUUUGUAGUACUACAACAGAGUAUAAAUGGGUAUUUUGGAGAAUAAAUCAUUUUAAAAAAAGAGAUUCUUAUCCUUGUAUCUUUUAUAUUGCAUACAAGAAACUUUUGUAAUUAUUUUAAAUAAAGAACAGAAAUUAA